UGCGUAACGAUGACCAUCAUCGUGAGGCGUAUUAUUUCCUAAAGGGGAAAUAAACAAGUGUUCAGCCACGGAAGGGUUAACAGUCGAGGGCAUGGCAGCGGAAUACUGAGCGGGUUGAGGGGACGGGAUUGGUUUGGUCCUCCGAGUGCAAAGCCAGGCACUGCUACUGUACGCGCCUAAGUAUGUUUGUGAGAUAUGUGACGGGGGUGGGGAUUGUAAAAGCGUGCGCAUUUGCGGCGGCUGUGUGUGUGUAGCGUGUAUGCGUGUGUAUGUUUUUUUUUUAUUAAUUAAAAGAGCAGACAAUCAAGCUUUACCCGGCUUACUGGGUUAAAAUAUCACCGUGUAUAUGCUGAACACAUAUGUUGAUUUCAUAUUUUCGUUGAGCUCGAAGCUUCUGCGCUGAGGAUGCUGAGGACUUCUGGACCAACGUGCACGAGAAACGAGACUGCAGGUCAAACCGAAUGGAAACCCCAGCCCUUCACAGAGAAGAAUGAGAGCGGAUUUUCAAAAUCGAGCUACUUGAUCUAUCAACUGGACAUGGUGCUGGAAGCAGAGAAUAUAGCUAUAUAUUGAUGUAUAUGUGAUCUCUAUGUACCCGAGGAAUACACGCGUGCUCCGAUAAGGGCCUCCGGAUGCCUUUAAAUAAGACAAAUCCUUGCACGAUUUCCCCCCUCAGAUGUCUUAAAUAAGGAUGUGGAAUUCCGUCUUGAGACACAAGACGCAAUAAAUGAUCUUUUUUCAGGUUUCUUCCGUUCUCUCGGACUCGGCUCUGGAGCUAAGAAAAGGGCGCAGCUAUUUUCCUUCGCGUUUCAGUCUGGUAUUCUGAGUGCGUGCUUUGCUCUCGCAUACAGACACGGGCUUCCCAGUUUGUGACUUAAUUAUCGAAGCUGCUGUUAAACUGACCGGGUUUUGCAUGAAUGAAAACAGUCAAAAUUUCAUGCGCUCUUUCCGCUUUUGUGCAUUUUAGUCAACGUGCCAUCAAAAUGUUUAUGUGGUUAUAGCACAUCCCCAAUCUAUGUUUAACGCAAGAUCGGCAAUACUGCAUCACUGGCUGUUUUAAGAGGUUUUUUUUCCAAGAGCAAAUUUUAUUUUUCUUUGACCCUGGUGCAACAUUCGUUUUUGGCCCAAGGUUUUUUUUUUUUUUUUGAAUUUUUUUUACGCUUCCAUUUGACAUACAUUUGAAGAGGCUUUUGAAACUUGGAGACGCUCUGCUGCGGGAAUCGGACAUUUAUCAUUUCGUGUAAACAGGAGAAUCCUGGCGAAAUUAUCCUGAGUUUGCUGCUACCUUGUGCUUGGAGGCUGGUCGCUGGGUCAGCACUGAAGGUUUUCACAUUCUCACCACGCAAGGGCUGCGUACAGGGACGGUGCAGGCACAAACAGGGCUCUGCGUCAGACCGGCCCUCAGCAGCAGCUGCGGCAGCACAGUGGCUCCCCCCUCAGGCCCACGGGGGCACUGCAGCGUUCUCUCACAGGGGCCCAGUUGGCACAGGGCGCUGAAUGGCCAGGGGCCCAAACCACUGUGGCACUUAUGAGUACAACUGCAAGGUGAGUUUUCAUUGGGCAGGCAGCGUGAGCGGCAGGACCACUGGGGAGACGCAUGACAUGGAGGUGAAAGGGCCCACCAUCACUGCUAUGGGCCUGGGGGCUCCAGAUCUCCAGGGCUGUGCGGACGGGAAGCAGCGGGCGGAGCGUCUGUCGGAGCUGCAGGAGAGGAGGCGGGGCCUGCAGUCGCUGCUCAGCGCUCGGCUGGGGGAGCUCCGACGCGUCUGUCUGGCGGAAGCGGAACUGACAGGAGAAAUUCCCAGAGAGUUUCCCCUAGAGGCAGGAGAGAGGCCCCCCCACGUGCGGCGCAGAAGUGGACUGGCCCACCAUGCUCCCAAACAUAGCGCUAAGGGAGAGGAAGAGGAGGUGUGUCAGCGGAAACCAAAAAAAGCCCUGUUCAGUGGCGCCCUCCGCAGGCAGACCGACUCAGAGCAGCAUCCACCGCAGGGCAAGAGGACGGUGCAUCGCGGCUGCCACACGGAUGACACGGUGAAGUCAGAAAGUAGCUCCAUGUCGGACUCCACCACCCAGGAUAACGAGGAGUCUUCCUCGGGCGUGACCCCAGACGGCCUGUCCCCCACUCGGCCCCAGCUGGCCCCGGGGAGCCCCGACAGCAGGCUCAGCCGGAAGCUCUCCCCCGUGGAGGUGUACUACGAGAUGAGGACCCGCCGCAACUCUAUGGCCAGCUCCGCCAGCCCGAGCCGAUCCCUCCCCAGGAGCAUCUCCAACGUGGAGGGCAGGAGCGUUCCAGCCACGCCCCUCCUGAGCAGGACCGCCCCCACCAGCGUCCACGUCAGGUCGGACGUGUCGGGCGGAGUCGGGGGAAAGCACUGGACCGACGGCCCUGACGGGACGCAGGUGCUGCCGCUGCAGUCUCAGGAGGGGUCCUCCUCCGGGGGGUCCUUCGAGCGCGGGGGCUGCCCGUACAGCGCCCGAACACGCCGCAGCAACAGCUCGGAGGCCCUGCUGGACCGCACCGUCUUCCCCGAGGAGGCGGCCCAGCGGGGGGGCAUGCCGUCGCGGGGGGGCCCCUACAAGAGCUCGGAGGCGCUGACCGACGGGCGGCUCCGGCAGGUGCACCGGGUCAGCCCGGAGAGGCACCUGAACGGGCACGCCGAGCAGGGCAGGAUGCGCUCGUCCGUGGGGGGCCGGGGGGGCGGGGGCGGCGGCGGCGGCGGGGGGGGAGGCGGCUACAACGAGAUCCUGAUGGACUACAUCUGGGGCAAGCAGCAGAAGAUGCAGCAGCAGGCGCAGCAGCAGCAGCGGCAGCAGCAGCAGUUGGCGGGGGUUGGCGGGAACGGCAGGCCCUGGCCCGACGGCCCCUGCCCGCCCCCCCCCGCCGGCUCGGUGUCCUCCCCCCAUUUCAACGGCUUCCCCCCGUCGCAGCCCCCCCACUUCGGCGCGGGGCCCCCGCCCUACAGCCCCCUGCUGCGCGGCAAGCCCGGGGACCCGCGGCGGGUCAAGGUGACGCGCACCAAGUCCUGCGGGCCCUUCAUCCCGCUGCAGCCGCACCAGCAGGAGUCCAUCCUGCUGUCCGCCUACUCCGAGCCCCCCCUGCACCCCCCCUCCGGCUCGGCCAGCUCCUCCACCGCCGCCCUGUACCCCUACCCGCCGGAGCCGCUGUGCCCCGCCCCCGCCAUGCCCCGCCGCGCCCCCCCGUUCCCCGCCACCACCCCCGAGGACUCCACCCGCAGCCUGCACAAGGCGCUGGCCCUGGAGGGCCUGCGGGACUGGUACCUGCGGAACACCCUGGGGCACCCCGCCGCCCCGGCCAAGCUCCAGGACCCGGCCCUGUCCCGCCGCCGCACCCCCCCGUCCCUGCAUGGCGCCCACCCCCUGCCCCACCAGCCCCAGUCCUUCCAGGGCGAGCCCGCCUACGGCCACCUGCCCCAGUCCGCCUCCUUCCACGGGCACCCGCUGCACGGCAGGUCGAUGGAGCUGUCGCUGUUCCAGGAUCCAUUCCCAGCACAGAUGCAGGAGCUAACACUGAAAGAGCCUAGUACUGACCUGCCAGCUCCUGGAACCCUGGUCUGACACACACACACACACACACAUCUCGCAUACACCUGCUCAGAAAAAGACAGAUGACGAACCGGCACAUAAACAAACAUGUAUAUACACACACACACACUUACAUAGUAUACACACAAAUAGACAUGGAUGCAAAUCGAGUUGUAAAUGUACCGGACCAACACACACCCACACACACACACAAGACGACAUAAACAUUCCCCUGGUUUCGUCCGGUUUCUUCCCUGGAUGGAAAGGCCGAGCGGUGGAAAAACAGAGGAGGAAAAGAAAGAGUCUGAGGCCUGUGGCCAGGGGCCCUGCUCAGUCUUUCUGUGAAACAGGAACUCUGACUGAACAAAACCAGAGACGGACUGGAAACGCAAAUGGACCGAACUGACCCUCUGGCCUCCGCUAUGAGCUCAGGGCAUCUGAAGCUUCCCGCUUUUUCUGUCUCGACAACCUGCUACAAACACUCCUCUCUCUCUCUCUCUCAAGGUCUCUCUCUGUCUCUCUCUCUCUCUCUCUCGCUCCCUCGCUCCCUCCCCCCCUUCCCUCCCUCUCCAGUUUAUCUGUGCUCUUUAUUGGGAGUCUGUCAGUGUAUUCUAUUGGGAAUCGUAGCGUCAGAAAUCCCGGGUCUUGUGAUAGACAGGGGCACUGAAAUCCAAGCGAAACGCCAGCUGUGUCUUGUGCACUUGUCCUGUACGCUGCAGAAGUAUGUCUGGUGCCCAGAAUCAAAACAACAACGAUAUAUAUAUACACUGCAUAUAUAUAUAUAUUAAUGGAGCACAUCAGAAUAGUGUGAUCUGUGCACAUAUAGGUGCAUAAAAGGAAUCCUUGCUUGCCUUCAUGUUGCAUUACAUUGGUGAAAAAACCAGGUUGACGUGAUCCAAACUGACCUUGACCAAUUCUUCAUAUUGAUCGCAAGUUCCUUUCAGUUGAUGAUCUUGGUGAAAUCUUCUCGUAUUUGGCACAUUUGCUGAAAGCAGGUAAUGCGGAGUCUUUGGAGAGAAAAGUGUGAAAAGGAAAAAAAAAUGCUGUAUUUUUUUAAUGCUUAUCGACGUUCUUGAGGAAUAUCAUCGUUUUAAAAUGGAAUAAGGUGUACAGUAAUACUAGUUUUGCACUAGUAUGAUAAAGCAUUUUGUGCAGGAAAAAUGGUAUACGUUGGGCUUCUCAUUUUGAUUGAGGUUAUUGAGCUUAGUCCAAGAGGUCAACAAUCCAUCAGGUAUGUAUAAGCCUGUAGAUAACUAUAUGUGGUAGAGUGCAAUUUAUUUUAAAAUCAUAAUUUUAUUCCAGAAUAAACAAACAAAUCAAUAUGAAAGCAGGGUUCCUACAGCCCUUGCAAAUUCUUAAAAGCCAUGAAAAUAUUUUCAUCUUGGAACGUCGAGGAAAAAUCCUGGAAAGUGGUUAAAUAUCCCACACUCGACUGUCCUUGAAAACUUAGGAAAAGUGUACCAAAACAUUUACCAAAAUAUAUCAAUAUUUCUUGCUAGCUUUAUGACACCUUUUAAGUCAUGUGUUCUGAUAGUGCCAGCUCAUUGGUCCUCAGGAUAGUGAGGUAUUUACCUUGGUACACACAGAAUACUCUGGAAGUAAUGUGUGUUUACCUCACAAAAGGUGCAGUAUAACUCAGUUGCUUCACAAAUUCUAUAAAAAAAUAUUUGAAAACCAUAAAUUCAUCCUUGGUGUCAUUGGAAAAAAAUGAUUUUACAUAUGUUUUCAGUGGGAUCACUGUUAAAAGCUUUCACUCAAUAACUAUUGAUUCAAAAAUGUUAACUAUGUUUAAUAUUUAAGAGCUGCAUACAUCUUUUGUAGAAAGAAAAUAGGUUAAACUAAUCAGUUGGAUUACAAUGAAGAGGAGAAAGUAAUACUGUUUACUCAAGUUGUGUGUGCGGGUUUUAACGAGAAAAACAUGUAUAACUGCAAGAGUGAAACCUGUUCUUUGUGAUGACAAAAGAAAAGCUCACACAUCGUACACAAACAGUACCCACAAUUCAACAGCUAAAUAUUACACAGCACCAAGUUAGAAUUUGUAUUUAACAGAGCUGAUUAGUAAAAUAAAGCCACUGUGUUUUAAGGUACCAUCGUGGAAAUCCCUCAAGUGAACACAUUCCUGCUUUCAGGUAACUUCAGGUAACAAAUGAGGGAUUGUUGGCUUCCAGGACGCAUGUUGAAGGACAAGUGUGUAGGCUGAUGAGAUGAAAGAAUCAGUUGGGUGUGUAAGAGAGCCGUGUUAAUUUAACACGGAUCCUUGCUGCAGAGCUUGAGGCGCGUACGUUGUAAUGCUGCAUAGUGACGUCGCUGUCUUCGCGCGUGUCACUCGACAAAUGCAAUAUGUCAUGUGGUCCAAAUCGCGUCAGGAGUAAAUGUUGGUAUUCCUAGUUCCCUCUAGGUUUAGUAUUAUACUUCAAAUGUAUUUUUAGUGUCAUUCCCCCAAACACAUAACAGUAUUACUACAAAUAAAUUGCUGUAUCAUUUUAUUUUAAAAAAACCUUAUUACAUUUAUUCUGAAUAUUAAAUAUAAGUCCAGCUGAACCUAGAUGGUUUCCAGAUAACAUUUAAACAAUGUAAAGUCCUUAUAUGGUAUGGCCCUUAAUAUCUCUUUAUUUUAUUUUUGGGACAUACAAAUAUAAAGAUAAAUUUUGAGCUGAGCUGAAUAUGAACCCACUGACGGGUAUUAUUUCAAAGAUUAGUAACAAAUGAACAAAACGUGUAACAUCAUCUGAGAAGUACUUCCACAUCAUUUUGCUGCCAUUAAAAACACUCCAAUGCUUCCACCAUCAUUAAUACUGUUAGUGUACGUUUUUCUGUAGUGUUAAAUUAUUAUAGAGUCAUGGCUAUGAAAUGGUUGUCAUCCAGCCAGUGUUUGGUUGUAACACUUCUUACAUCAGAGCAAGUAGUGAGAAAUCAGUCGUUUUUUUUUACCUUAAAGUGACAUCACCAUACUAAACAAUCCAUGUAAAUUAAUCACUUGUGUUCAGUAUCAUCGAUCUCUACCAUUAUUCCCCCCCCCCCC